AUGCGUUCCUCUAUGAUCCUCCUUGGCCUCGCUGCCGCCGUCUCGGCUCAAGACCUCGGCGCAGCCCUCGAGAACGUCGGCUCAGCCAUCAACCCAAGCGGCGCCCUCGAGACGGCCUCCCAAGACCUCGGCGCCGUCGCAAGCCAGGUGACCAGCGCCCUGGCCGAGGCGACCUCCGUCGUCGGUGGCGGCGCCUCCAGCAUCAUCGGCGACGCCGGCUCCCUGGCCAGCAGCCUCACAUCCGAAAUCGGCGCCGGCGCCACCGGCGCGGUCGGCCACCUGUCCAGCCUCGUCUCGGACGCCUCUGGCGCUAUCGCAUCGGCGACCGGCGGUGCUGGCGCGACCCGCACCGGCCCCCGGGCCACGGCGACCGGCCGGGCCACGGGGGGCGGGAGCAGGGCCAGCGGUGGCGCCACCACGCUGUCGAGCGCUCGCUCGUCCAGUACCGGCAGCUCGUCGAGCGACUCCGACUCGCAGAGCGACUCUGAGAGCUCCAGCAACCCUGCGCCCAUGAAGACGGCCGCCGUCGGCAUGGGUGCCCUGCUCGGCGGUGCUGCCAUCUUCGCCAACCUGUAG